CCACCGCUUCCCCCGAUGCCGUCGUCGACGAUCCGGAGCAUCUCCAUCACAGUAUCAGACGACGACGGCGCGGCGCCGCCCCGGCGUGCCCGCGCCGGCCGGCGGAAGGCGGCGCGCAGCUUGGGGGAGCGCGCCGUGCGGCUUGUGGCGCGGUGGUGGCCCAUCCUCCUACUCCUCCCGGCAGUCGCCCUGCUCCUCUUCGAGGCCUCCCGGCUCCGUGCUUCUUCCAACCCUGCCCCGCCUGUAUCCAGUCUUGGCCGCCUCGACCCGACCACGCGCCUCGUCCAUGGUGUGCGCGAGCCUUGCUUGAAGUUCCUUAGCCCGAAAAGUAUAGAAAAUUUGGUAUUUCAUGAAGGCUCUGGAAUUGAUGCGGUGGUCAAGAGGAUCGUAUACAAAACUGAUGAUGACGACUAUGAUUCAUAUCACUCUGAGGCGAACUCUACGUAUUUACUGCAACAUGCAGAAGCUACCAGGUUCAAUUUGUUUACAGGAUUUCAGACAGUUCCUGAAAGAGAAGAGAGCUUCAAGGUGAAUGAGACUGUUAAUGUGCACUGUGGUUUCUACAGUGACAAUGGUGGUUUCAAAAUUUCUGAUGAUGAUAUCAGGUACAUGAGAAGUUGUAGAGUUGUUGUGUCUACCUGUGCAUUUGGUGGCGGGGAUGAUCUAUAUCAACCUAUUGGAAUGGUCAAUUCUUCUAUUGGAAAGGUCUGCUAUGUGGCUUUCUGGGAUGAGGUCACAUUAUCAACUCAAGAAGCUGAAGGAAAAGGUACCGGUGACAAUGGAAUGAUAGGAAGGUGGCGCGUCAUUGUUGUGAGGAGUCUACCCUUUGUGGAUCAACGGUUAAAUGGAAAAAUACCAAAGAUGUUGACUCACCGACUUUUCCCAGAAGCAAGGUACUCUGUAUGGGUGGACUCUAAAUACCAAUUCCGAAGAGAUCCAAUAGGAGUGCUUGAGGCACUUCUUUGGAGGACAAACUCAACUUUCGCUAUUUCUGAACAUGGAGCGCGGAGCAACAUUUAUGAUGAGGGCAAAGCAAUUGUUCAAAAGCACAAGGCUACUCCUGAAGAAGUAGAGGUCCAAUUAACUCAGUAUCGCCGAGACGGAAUGCCAGAUGAAAAAAGAUUACAUGGAUUCAAAGCUUUAUCUGAAGCUUCUAUCAUUGUGAGUGAGCUGACCCCAAUGACGAAUCAUUUCAUGUGUAAUUGGUUCAAUGAAGUUGUUCGCUUCACAUCUCGGGACCAGCUCAGUUUUCCGUAUGUUCUAUGGCGUCUAAACAUGCCAGGAAUCAACAUGUUUCCUGUAUGUACUCGAAGGGAUCUUGUGAACAGCUUGGGUCAUACAAGGAAAGUAAAACCUCUUCUUACACAGAUGAAUACAGAUUCUUCAGCCACGUGAUCUUUUUUCUCGUUCAUUCAUUUGCUGGUUGUCAACUAACCGUUGAUUUUCAUGUGGGUCUAGCUGUUUGUCUGUCUUGAUCCACAAUUUUGUUGUAAAUUGUUCUUCUGAUUCUUCCUCCAGAAACAUCAUGACUUGUUGUACACGGACUUGCGCCGAAUAUAUGUUAAGCGGUUGCUUUCCUGCAUGUUGACAUUACCUGUAAAAAUCACGUUUUGUUUGGAUGGAGGAACAGUAUUCUGCUUUGUUUUUUUCAAGUAUGAAGUUACCUGUAAAUAUUAUACUUUUCUCAUGCAAUCUUAUGAAUCAAAUGAACUCAGCUGUUA